AUGAUGCAAAGCCUAGCGGAGGAUUUCGGCUGCGGAAAUUCCAGAAGUCUUGGCAACUAUAAAAGUUGUCAGUUGCAUAGCCAAGUUAAAGAACUCACGGCUCGAUUGGCGACGUCCUUGAAUCAAAUAUGUCCGGAUGCGCAUGCUCAAGGUGAGAAAACCAAUGUGUGGAUUGGUCGGCUGUUAGAAAAUGGCGAUAGGACCGAUUUCAGAGCCGACAGCCCGUGUGCCAGGAAUGAACCAUGGGACAGCGAGGCGCCAGAGGUCAAUCUCCAGCGGACGAUCGAGUCCAUCCUGUCGGCAGUCUUCCAACGCAUCGACAGUCGCGAGCACUUGGAAAUGAAGUAUCCCAUGACAGUUUGGUCGGACAGAGAUAGGCGUGAUGUGUUGCAAACACUUGAGGAAGCACGGUGCAACCCUUGCGAAAAGCUUAAAGAAAUAGAUGAAUGGGACAGGCUUAGGAUGAGAAGCAAUGAAUCGGCAAUGAUUUUUGCUGACGCAUGGAGGAUAUCUCCAGGAAAAUACAUCCGAGUUGUGAAUGGGAAUUCCAUAGCCUCAAAAUUAUACUCUUGCCUGCAACAUUGGAAGGAUUCAUACCAUAUGUUGGCGGCUCUGGAGGCGCCAAGAUGGGCAAGCAUACGAUGCUGUAGGAAAUGCUUCAACUGUGGCGGAAGUGGUCACUAUAGCAACUCUUGUCCUGACAAAUCGAUACCAAAAGGUUACCCCUCGGGCGGUAAAGGCCAGGGGUCAGGUAGGAACACCAAGGAUAAGCGUGCCCCAGGAAAUCGUUAUCCACUUUCGUAG